AUGUACGCGAUGAAAUACAUGAACAAACAGAAGUGCAUCGAGAGGGAUGAGGUUCGCAACGUCUUCCGGGAGCUCCAGGUCAUGCAGAGCCUGGAGCAUCCUUUCUUGGUCAACCUGUGGUACUCCUUCCAGGAUGAGGAGGACAUGUUCAUGGUGGUGGACCUGCUGCUGGGAGGGGACCUGCGCUACCACCUGCAGCAAAACGUACAUUUCACAGAGGGGGACGUGAAGCUCUACAUCUGUGAGCUGGCCCUGGCCCUGGAGUACCUGCAGAGAUACCACAUCAUCCAUAGAGACAUCAAACCCGACAACAUCUUACUGGAUGAGUACGGACAUGUUCACAUUACGGACUUCAACAUAGCAACAGUUGUGAAAGGCUCAGAAAAGGCUUCCUCCAUGGCUGGGACCAAACCCUACAUGGCUCCAGAAGUGUUCCAGGUGUAUGUGGACGGAGGCCCGGGGUACUCGUACCCGGUUGAUUGGUGGUCCCUGGGAGUCACCGCUUACGAGCUCCUGCGGGGCUGGAGGCCUUAUGAAAUCCACUCGGCCACCCCCAUCGAUGAGAUCCUCAGCAUGUUCAAGGUGGAACGUGUCCACUACUCCUCCACCUGGUGCAAGGGUAUGGUGGCCCUCCUGAAGAAGCUCCUGACCAAGGACCCCGAGAGCCGCCUGUCCAGCCUCAGUGACAUCCAGAGUGCACCCUACUUGGCCAACAUGAACUGGGAUGCGGUGUUCGAGAAGGCGCUGACACCUGGCUUUGUGCCCAACAAAGGAAGAUUGAAUUGUGACCCCACGUUUGAACUUGAAGAGAUGAUUCUAGAAUCCAAGCCGCUUCACAAAAAGAAGAAGAGGUUGGCCAAGAACAGGUCCAAAGACGGCACGAAGGACAGCUGUCCUCUGAACGGCCACCUGCAGCAGUGUUUGGAGACCGUGCGGAAGGAGUUCACCAUAUUCAACAGAGAGAAGCUGAGGAGGCAGCAGGGCCAGAGCGGCCAGCUUGCAGACAGCGAUGGCGGAGCGGGCAGCCAGGCCCAGGGCAAGCACCAGGAUGGACGUAACAACAACAUCCUCACCCACACCUGCUCCCGAGGCUGCAGCAGCUAAUUCCCCACCUGCUGCUGCCCAAC